CAUCUAAUAAGGUUUGAUAAAGUGUUUCUGCUGCCUGUUCUGUGGGAACAUCAGUGUGCACGUGUGAAUAAGUGAAGGUGAGGCAUUGACGUAAAUCUCCGUUAAAACGUGUUUUAAACAAAUAAAAAUAAAGGCCCCUUUCUUUGUAUCGGUGCACUGCGGAGCCUUGCCUCCAUCAAUAUGGCGGACACACGUACUCCUCUUCCCAACGCGCAGGCGCGUGGAUUCUUCCGGGUUCUUUGUUGUUCUUGUUUUGCUCUCAGGCCAGAAGCGACAGUGCUGAUAAAGCCGAGAGAGAGAGAAAGCAGCAGCUGCCGCAGGUGAUGACGUUGACUGGAACCUGGAGGUCGAGGAACACCUGAGAAACUGGAGGGAAGCAGGAGCUCAAACUGCGGCAGCAGAAGUGACAACAGACGAUGGGGGAUGCUUUUCAUGCCAGAGCUCUGCAGGACCAAUUAGUGUUGGCCGCACAUGUUAAAGAAGAGGCUCCUCAAGAACAGAUUCCUGAGGUGGACCAGCAGGAUUUAGAGCCCCUCCAAAUUAAGGAGGAACCCUGGACCAGUCAGGAAGGAGAUCAGCUCAUUGUGAAGGAGGAGACUGAUGCCUGGCUUCCAUUGAUUGACUCUCCUGUCAAGACUAGUAAACAUGGCAGAGGAGCGCAACACGACCUUCUAGAGUCUAGGAGAAUACUGCUAUUUCGGAGGAAAAGCCGUACGGAGCGUAACUGCUGCAGACGUUGUGUCCACACGUCUCAUUUCUGCGCAGAAUGUCAGAAGCCACUGUGUUGGUGAAGCCGAAAGAGCAGCAGCCGCUACAGUUGAUGAAGUCUGGAAAGAAGUCCAGCAGCUUGGAGCUCAACCGAGAAACUGGAGGGAAGCAGGAGCUCAAAAAGGACGAAGCAGAGGACGCACCAAAUGAUGGAGGAUGUUUUCCAAACCAGAGUUCUGCAGAACCGAUUAGUGUUGGCUGUACAUGUUAAAGAAGAGGCUCCUGAAGAACAGAGUCCUGAGGUGGACCAGCAGGAUUUAGAGCCCCUCCAAAUAAAGGAGGAACCUGGGGUGAAUGCUGCUCCUAUCAAGGUUGUUAAAGAAGAGGUCCCUGAAGUGCAGAAUCCUGAUGUCCAACAGCGGGAGCUGGGGCUCCUCCACAUAAAGGAGGAAAGCCAGGAAGGAGAGCAGCUGAAUUUGAAGGAGGAAACUGAAGAUCCCAGGUUUCCAAUAAUUGUUGAUACUAAGAGUGAAGAUGAUGAAGAGAAACCUCACUUUGAUCAACAGCAAACAGAAGUCAGAGAUUUUCCAACCAGCGGUUCAACUUUUAAAGUAAAUAUUAAAGAGGAGGACUCUGGGACAGCAGAAUCCAACAGGUCCCCAAAUCUAAAUACAUGCACUCCCAAAUGUUCAGAGGCUGAAGACUGUGAAGAUGAUGGAGAGGAUGUUGAUGUGAACCUUCAUAAAUCUCAGCUUAAAGACUUGAUUCAUAAAUCUCAGCUUAAAGACUUGACAGACACUGAAACUGAAGACAGUGAGGAGGAUUGGAUGUGUGGAGAAAGAAUUGUCAGCAGAUUUUCUCGACAGAAUCACUUGGCAUGUCAUCUGGGAUUAACGUCAGUUUCCAUUAAUGAGAAAUGUUGCAGAGACAAAAGAAAUUCACUGAAAUUUGCAGUUGAAGAAAGUAAAAAUUUAAACUUUGUUUGUGAUGCUUGUGAAAAAAGAUUUCCUGUUAAGUCACAUUUAAACAGACACAUGAGAAGCCACACCGGCGAGAAACCCUUUGGUUGUGAUGUCUGUGGGAAAAGAUGUACUUCAAAGUCUAGCUUAAAUGCGCAUAUAAGUAUCCAUAACGGCGAAAAACGUUUUGUUUGUGAUGUUUGUGGAAGAAGAUGUACGUCAAAGUCAAACUUAAACUCGCAUAUGAAAAUCCACACAGGUGAGAAACCCUUUGGUUGUGAUGUUUGUGGAAAAAGAUUUGGCUUCCAGUCAACUUUAAAAAAGCAUGUGAGAAUCCACACGGGCGAAAAACCUUUUGGUUGUGAUGCAUGUGAUAAAAGAUAUUCUUCAAAGUCAGAUUUAAACAGACACAUGAUACUCCAUACAGAAGAAAAACCUUUUAGUUGUGAGGGCUGUGGAAAAAGAUUUUCAGCCAAUUCCCUUUUAAAAACACACAUGAGAAGCCACACAGGAGAGAAACCUUUUGUUUGUGAUGUAUGUGGUAAAAGAUGUUCCACGAAGUCAGAUUUAAAAAAACACAUCAGAAUUCAUACAGGAGAGAAACCCUUUGGUUGUGAUGCUUGUGGAAAAAGAUGUACAUCAAAAUCAAACCUAAAUGCACAUAUGACAAUUCACACAGGGGAGAAACCAUUUGGUUGUGAGGCUUGUGGAAAACAAUUUGCUAUCAAGUCACGUUUAAAAUUGCAUAUGGGAAUCCACAUGGGAGAAAAACCUUUUGGUUGUGAUGCAUGUGGUAAAAGAUGUUCCUCAAAGUCAGAUUUAAACCGACAUAUGAGAAUCCACACAGGAGAAAAGCCCUUUGGUUGUGAUACUUGUGGAAAAAGAUUUGCCUUCAAGUCAAAUUUAAAUGGACACAUGAGAAUCCACACUGCAACUGUUUAGUUGAGGAGCUUAUGAUAAAAGAUUUGGCAUAUAUUCAAUAUAUAACCAACACAUAACAAACACAGGAGACAAGCUCUUUAGUUGUGUUGCUUUUUGUAAUAGACAUUUAAGAAUCCACACAGAAGAUAAACCUUUUGCAUGUAAUAUUUAUUGUUAACAGUUAACCUUAUGGUUGAAACUAACAUAUAAUUCAUGGAAAAGAAAAAAAACUCUAGCUGGUUAUGUUUGUGGAAAGGUUAUAGCAAUAGGUUUUAGGUCGUUUUAGAUCAUAUGGCUGCAAUAAACAUCGUUUUAGAUCAUAUGGCUGUUAAAGAGCUGCUAAGAGGCCUCAUGCAUAACAGUGUAACAGCAAAUCUAAGUGUGUGGAUAACAAAAAAUGUAUCAAACCAUCUACAUGGAUGUUUCUAUGUGCCUUUAUGGAGUGCUGCUUCAGGUGCUGUCUGUUCCUGGUCUAUAAAUAAAGAUGCUGAGUAGUAUAAAUACCUGGAAGACUCCCACCACAUAUCCAAAUAACCAUAGCCACCACAGUCAGGGAAAAAAGGAGAUUCAUGAUUGUGAAAUUAGUUGGUGUCGGACCAGAGGAAGAAUUUAGAAUCUUAUUCAGCACUCAUUCCUUCUGCGAGGGUCAGAAAAUUUGAAAAAUGUGGUGGCUGGAUGUAGUUUAAUUUGGAUUCUUGGCCAAAAACAAAUAUUUAGCAAUAUCUCUGUCUUAUGUGGCUUUGUGACUCUGUCGAAACCUUUUUCUUUUCUUUUUUUUAACAUUGUUUUUAUUGAAUUUUCUCAUAAUAACACAUAACAUGGCCAGUUAUACAUCGAACGUCUAUUAAGUUUCACCCUGUCCCCAACCUUCCCUUCCCCCAAUCCUUUUCUUGAUUCACAUAUUUGUAAGGAUAGACAUGUUUCUUUGUACCUAUAUACAUAUGCUUGUAUACUUCCAUCUGCGGACAUCUGUGCAUACUUGUACACACCGUGAGAAGAAAAAGAGAGAAAAAAAACAGGGAAGGAACACUGAUAGACAAACUAGUGGGGGGCUAAAGGCACCUUAAAAACAGCCAGUCACUCCACAGUAGAACAGCUAAGGCCUCAACGAUAGGUGGGUGAGUAGAGUAAGGUACAGUAAGGGAAAUCACCAGGCCCAUACAAAAUAACGUUUUUCCACAAAUGAUCUGAAUUCUAAACCAUGGAUCAGGUGGUUAGCUGGUCACUUAAUGCAAUUGAUAAAAUUUUCUCAAAGGGAAGAGCUGAGAAAGGGGAGCUCUGUUGCCCCGAUGGGACACUUACAGCUAGAUACACUUUCGACUCCUGGCAGCAGUGGAGAAUUGUGUGUCUGUCUUUUUUGUCAGUCGAGGAUGUUGAAGAUGCAUACAUAAUUGAAUUUAUGGUAACAGGAUUUCUGCUUUUUGGAGCUGGGAGUUAACUGGCAUAUCAACAAAUUCUGAAAAUCUCAGCAGCUGUUCUGGCCAUGGUUAUAAAGCCGAGAAUGUGUGAAGGGUUAAGCUGGGCAGUGAACACUCAGACUCAAAUGCUGUGUGAGCAAAACCACAAGCCAGAUGCGAUCGUUCCACAGUGUUGCAGGUUGGCUGUGGUUUGAACUUACUGGCGGGAUUGAAUGGAUCUUGGAGAAGUUGGAAGCUCGGCUUAAGCAAAAAGUCCAAAAAUUUGGGUGUCUGAUUUUGCAAUUGAGACAUAUCAGAUAGACUUUAAAGCAGACAAAAAAAUUCCACAAUCGGCCUCCAACAAAACAAUGUGUUGCUAUCUGAAUUGGCUCGCCCGAUGCCGACCUUGAAGGCUGGUCAUCUCAAACUCUUCUGGAUGUUAUGUAAGCAAGAUGCUCUGCCUCCAGCAUCAUCGCCUUUCAUGACACUAUUGAAGAUAGGCAAAGGUUAGUCUGGCUGGCCAGGCAAACAAUUCAUAUGCAGUUUUUUUAUAUAAAAGUUUGCAAACAAAUACACUUUUUCAUCUACACAUUUAUAAAACAGAGGAUAACUAUAAUUUUAAAUUCAAUAGAGUUUGUUUCCAUAUUUUAUUUUUUGUGCUGCGUUACGUUAUUGUAUGAGAGUAAAUGUUCAGUUAUAUUAUUCAGGUUUAAACUAUAAAAGCUCAAACUCAGUUUGACACUCCUUGAUUAAAAAAAGUAUUUUUUCUCUGUAUUUAGGCGAGUUCUAACACUUUUUAAUUUGACACUGUCGCUUGAGAAAGGUGCUUUCACAUCAGGUCAAAAGUGUAAUGCAGCUAAUUGUUUUAAUGAGUGCUGUCAUUUUAUUGCUAAUGGACUGUUCAUAGUUCAUUAGUUACUGGCCACAUGCAUGUCAGUACGUUUCUCAGUUUUAUAUUUCUGAGAAAAAUGUCCUUCUCUUAUUACAUAUUAUCAGCCUAAAUAAUGCGCCAUUCUUAGAGAAAUUCUUUUUUCCUGGGAUGUUUCAAUGCUAGUGGUAUUAAAAAAAAUUUACACUUUGUUCAAUUCUGACACACAUAUUCUCUAGUAAAUUAUUCAUUUAAACCUCUGAAGUUUUAUCUCACUAAAGGAAUCACACUUUGUAAUGUCCGGCCUCUUUUCAAAGCAUUUGUGGUUAUUUCAGUCCAAGGUUUACCCUUUAAAACACAUCAUAAUUGGUGACUAGGAAUGAACUAACAAUUAUAUACAUUUUUAAAUGAAAGAACCUUUUGUUGGUACUAACUGCAAUUAUAUCAGUUUUAUAAAAAAAAUCAAACAUGUUUUUAUCAUGCAAUUUGUUUUUAAAUGUCUUUAUGGUCUUUUCUGAGAAUAUCUGUCAGACCUGCUUCAUCUUCCCGCUCCCUCCCACUCUCCCAGGUUGGCAGAUUAGUUUCUUCCAGACAACAGCAGUGCAGAGGGGUGACCUCACUUCUUCCGUCAUCACACCAGAAAUAUUGAACUAAUUACCUUCACAUAUUAGGCAGUUUUACUCACUUUUUGUUUUUUAAUCUUCUCUCAAAAUACAUUUUUCUUUUUGGCUUUUUACCCAAUUGGAGAUUUUAGCUUUUAUUUAUUGUUUUAUUUCUUGUUUCUAUGUCUGCUCUUUAACUUUUAUCAUGCUUUUGCUCUUAGUGUUUUAUUCUGUUAUGUUCUGAAUUAUUUGCUUUUUAGGAUUUGUAAAACACUUUGGGCAACUGAGUUGUAUUGCAAAGUGCUAUUUUAAUAAAUAAUUUGUUUGAGUUGUUUCACUUUA